AUGUCUCUGCGCGGGCCCAUGCGGCGUUCGCACCUGAGGCAAGUCAGUGCUGCCAGCUUGGAAACCCGGUCCCCGAUAGCUCAUUCGCUGGAGCCAUCACAUCGCGAUCAUGGACCCACGCCCGACGACCAUACCGUUCGAAUGUCUGCCAGCUUAGUUAAGCGCCAAUGUAUACUAUGGGUUCACGAUGAAAUGUUUUCUCGCGAGGAAAUUCUUCUCAAUCAAUCGGUGCUCGGUGAGACUGGUAUCAAAGCUGGGGACAUCGUGGAAAUUCUACCCGUUCGUCCCCUUGAUACCGUUCACUCUACCUUGAAGCCAGACUCCGCAAUUAAAAUAGUUCGAGAGAGUCAUCCAGAGACAUCUUCCUCGGAUACCACAUCUAAAUUCAAGACACCAAUGCAAAGCCGCUGUUUGUUUGUGGUGAAGCCAUUGCCUCCGGAUAUCAAAGCCCGCCAUCCCAAGUUGGAGAUAUCUGUGACAAACAGUGUCGCUAGUAUUUUUGGUUUCAAGAACAGAACUCAGGUCUUGCUCUCCAUGGUUGAUCGGGACCAAUGUUCUGCCUCUCAUGUUGAUAUUGCCUUCCGCGAUCAGUUCAUAGUCCGGUCUGAUAUGUGGAGGCUAGUGAUGUCUGAACUUGUCAAUAAAAUUAUUUACAAGGGACAAAAGAUCAUGUUUAUGGGAAGCAUCAAGGCAACCGUCAAGAAUAUUUUUAUUCGAGAGAAGAAAGUCCUGUCGGGCUAUUUCUCACCAAGCACUAUUCCCGUCUUCCGCAGCGAGUCUGCCAAGUUCGUUCUAUUCAUUCAGAUGUCAAGGGAAAUGUGGGACUUUGACUCAGAAGGGUCGGGAGACAUUCUCUUCAGUCGGGUGAUUAACAGCUUCUUGCCAGAACUGUUUAAGAGAUGGGCCAAUUCUGAUUCCAGGCAUCUGGUCACCAUUGUACUCUUCACGCGAGUUGAAUAUGAUCCUUCUUCUCUUCCAAAUCCGUCCAAACUCAACGCUGGCAACCCGCCGGGUGCCUCAGGCCCAAAUCAACCGCCUACUCGGGAUUUUUACCGUGUUGUGGUGAACGACAUGGCCAGUGGCCAUUGGACCACCAUUUUGGAUGAUUUGAAGAAGUCCUUCCGAUGCUUUUUGAGAGAUGUUUCAAUCUUGAAAACAGAUGACCUCGAUACUGCGCCGGGUGUUGGUUUCAAGAGUUCUAAGAAACAAUUCGCGACUAUUGCUGGUCGUCCCAGCACCGCCCUGCGUGGCAAUAUUCUAGAAGCGAUUCACCUUGCCUCGUCACACCUGGCGUAUGAUCACAUUGAUCGAGACAUGGCCCAUACAGGUACUUCAAUCAUCGUCAUCACACCAGGCAGUGGUGUUUUUGAAGUAUCAUAUGAAGCCUUAGCAUCAACGACAGAAGCCCUGACAAAUCGCGGAAUCGCCAUUGACAUCGUCUGUCUGAGUCCUAUGCCUCUUCACUCGGUACCUCUUUUCAAAUAUCGAGAACCCGUUGAACCAAGCCAACCGCCCAUAGCGGAGGUACCAGGUGUCCCUGGGCUGUCGCCUGAGGUAAAUCACUCCAUGUCCAGCCUUGUUAGUAAAUCUUCCUUCUUAUCCCCGGGCUCAUACCUAUCUGCAUCAAGGAUGCGGGAGCGAGGACGUGCACAACCCAAAGAUUGGAAUUACGGCAUUCCCCACUGGCUCGAUAUUUCGUACUGGAACCCUGAGACGUAUCGAGAAGCUCGUCGCAUAUUAAAAAAUGACCUGAAUGCACCGAUCCCGCUCACUGUCACUCGACCGUCAAAAGCCUUUACUCCGCGGGUUCGUAUGUAUGAGAUUCAAAUGAUGGGUGUCAUGGAGAGCGAGCAGUCAAAUAUCUCCAUUCCCUACCUCCUUGAAGGACGUGACAUGCUGAGAGCUCGUGCCGCUUGGGCCGGGUCUAGUUCAACCCCUCGUGGUCCACCGCGGACUCGAUUUGUUCCUCCAACUCUAAAAGCACAGUACAGCGACAGUCUUCGGCCGGAGUCAUAUUUGGAAAGUGUUGCCGACGAGAACGAAUUCCAGAGUCAGUUCCAGAAUCAUGGCGUGCAGAAAUCACGAAAAGCAGUGCUAGCUGCGAUGGAUCAGUAUGAUGAAAAUGCCUUCACCGUGAAAUCUAAAAGACGCCAGUCGCCCCACAGACCUAAAAGUAAACGAAUCAGCGAAUCCGAAAUUCAACCUGCUGCUGCUCAUGAGAGAAUGUCAGCACGCUCAAUCAACCGUCUGCGUCAACAGGAACAGAUUGGGUCAGAAAGCAACCACCCUGCGUGGCCUGGUCCCCGCAAACUCGAUCGGUCUACGGCUACCCUCAUAAGCCCAAAAUCCUCCCAGUCGUCUAUCAAAUCAGCCCUGAAACCCAAAUCGCAGGCCUCGAGAGCUUUGCGCAAUAUCAGCUUCGCUCUCCGGGGCUUGAGUGCUACUCCUCCCAGAGCUCAAGCCAGCACCGGUAUCCAAGUGAACAAUGCCAGUGCAUUGCCGAUGUCCCAUCAGAGGUCUAGUGGUGCAUUCUCCGACACCAAAAGCAUUGUAUCUUUGAGUCCGUCGGACAGCACGGCAACGACGACUAUUGGGGAACUUUCAUCGAGGCCGUCUACUCCGCCAAAGCCCCACUUGGAUACCCGGCUGACACCAUCGAAGCCAAUAUCAAUCAAGGCCCCCGUUAAAAAGUCUCCAGAGAAUACAGAGCAACCGGAGGGUCAAGGGGAUCAUCAAGGGUCGCUGUCAACGUUAGCGGCAGAUAUUCCCUUCAACGACGAAGGUCUCCAUCGGCCUCGAUCCCGUAAAAUGGACAAUAUUGAGAUUACGGUCAAUCACAGCUCGCGCGAGGAUCAUAUGAAGACCAAACCGAGCAAGCUAGCACCCUGGGUUCGAUCUGUCAAUCCAUGUAAUACUCCCAAGGAUGUCAUGCGGAAUACGAGCUGGUUUGGCCGUUGGCAGCACGCAUAUCCUCGACCGCCACAUGUCGCCGUGGUCAAGUGGAAGAGUUUAAAAUCACCCGCCGUGCUGCCCUUAACCACGGAGGAACUUCCAACCGCUAGCGAACUUGCUUCGGAUUAUCUCCAAACACCUUACCGCGUUUUCCCCAAUGACGAUGCGGACGGGUUUGAAGCGCCCAAAACCCGUGGGAUUCUCCUUCGCGAAAUGAUUUCACUUCGCUUGUCCCAUGGUUUCCAAAUUAUUGUUGGAAAAAGCGUAGCCGAUGUCACAGGCCAGCCGUCUCUUGCGACAGUUAAUGUCUUUGACAGCCGGGGCCUGGAACGGGAUGGAGCUAUAGUCUUCCUCUCCAGGGGCAACUCCAUCCAUCGUCUCAUUUGUAUUAAUGGUGGGGAAAUCGAGGUCACCCGAUUCACACAUCACAAAUCUUCAGCCCUUGCGUCUCCUGAGCGUCUCAUCUUCACUCGUUACCAGCCAGCUAUGAAAACCAUCUUACGAACUGAAUACGUACUCAAAGACAUCAAGCUAGACCCCACAUCUGAGGAGUAUAACUGGAACUAUGCCGAUAAUUAUGUCGCCGGUCACCGCGAGUAUCUCCAUAACCCGGCACAACAACUGCAUUUCUGGCGGGUCCGCUACGUGUUGAUUCCGAUGCAACUUAAUACUGCCUCGCGACGUCACUUACAAUCUAUCAACGAUGAUAACGAGGAAGAAAUCCACAUCCUCGGAAUCAGCCAGCUUACUCAUAUUUGGCAACGGAACAAGUAUGUCGCACCCGAAGAAAAACCUCAAUUUGAGUCGACGUCCAGGAAGAGAGAUCUCAAUCCGCUCAAUAUCGUAUACCAAACCCGUAAUCCUUCUGAAGUCGUUGCUGCAGAACUUGACCGGGUUCUUCUCACGGACCCAGGGUUGGAUAAUCCGCCAGCCCAGCUACUGCCUGAAUCGGAACUGCUUGAGAGAUCGAGCGUCGUCUUAUCAGCACUGGCUCAGAUGAUCCAAGGCGAGAAAGGUGUUCGGAUGAUGGAUCGACGAUGGCAUUGGAGACUACACUACAACUGUUUCAUUGGGAUUGAAUUCACCACGUGGCUGCUACAAAAUUUCAAGGACAUCGACACUCGAGAAGAGGCCGUCUGGUUUGGCAACGAACUCAUGAAACAUGGUUUGUUCCAGCAUGUGGAGAAAAGACACAAUUUUCGAGAUGGAAAUUACUUCUACCAGAUUUGCGCCAACCACCGUGUCACACGCCCAGAGUCUCGAGGCAGCUGGUUCCCUCAACUUCGAGGGGACAAGUCAAUGCCCUCGACGCCUGCCAUCGGGUAUACAAAGGAUUCUCCGUCGAGUUUCCACACUCGUUCUGAUAGCGCUGAAGAGCCCCCAACACCGACAACGCCGUCCAAGGCCAAGAACAAAGUCGCUAUCAUGCUGUCAAAAACUUUGAAGUAUGACGUGGACAGUCGCAAGCGAUCGAACCGGCCCGAGGUGGUCGACCUCCAUUUUGACCGGCUGCACAACCCAGAGAACUGUUUCCACAUCGAGCUCAGCUGGAUGAGCACGACCCCGAAGCUGAUUGAAGAUACUGUGCAUUCAUGGGCGUCAACCGCAGAGAAAUUUGGUCUCAAGCUAGUACAAGUGCCAAUCGCCGAGGCCUGUGCAAUUGAUAAGACCCAACCUUUCCGACAACCGUACAGGAUAAAGCUAAAGGUCCCACCCCCCAAGGGUCCAGUAAACCCAGUCUUCAACAUCGCAUCGUUUGCACAGGCAGGCCCCCCAGAUAAACUAUACUACCAAAAGUGCAUUCUCCGCAAAUUCGACUUCGUGCUAGACUUCGAAGCAUCCUCCAGCUUCCCGCCAGAUGUCGAAGUCACCUUUUCCUGGGGCAGGCCCGAGUACAAAUACUCCCAGUUCAUCCACCGAUCAGGCAGUCUUCUCGCUCAAAUCACAGACGAAGGUCACUUCCUCCUCCUCGCAAACCGCCUCAUCAGCACCCGCAGCACAGCAAGUCGCGAAUCAGGCCGCUACGAACACCACUCCCGCACCGACUACCGCGGCCGCGCAACAACUUCCUACGACCCAAUAGAUCGUUCACCACGCCUUUCCCCGCUCGUCCGCCCACACGACGUUGCAAGUCCAAUGCUGACGCCCGGAACCUCAAAUAUCGAUUUAGCAAACCUCUACCGCGCCCCCGAACACCUCCUGGGCUCUCUACAGGAAUUCUGUAAUGAUGAAGCGCAGCUGUUGCAGUUCUAUAGCGAGUCUCAUACUCGGCCUGUGUCCACUAAGGUCGAGGCUUUCACCUCCAGUCUCAUGGAUAACUCCAUUCCGUCUCUGGAACUUCCGGCUAGUGUUGUCAGUCAUCAUAUCUCACCUCCGCCUGGCUUACCAUCGCGCAUAACUCAUGAGACUCGUGACGGGAUGAGAUCGCCUGAGGUUUCGAGGGCUAGAGGGAGAGGAGAGGCUACUAGUAAUGGUAAUGGGCAAAGUCCACGGAGUGGUAGCCUUCGCCCUCUUAUCUGA